AUGGAUAUAUCUCAAAAUUAGCAAUCCAACUAGAUCAAUAAAACUGAUGAGGAAAGUGCUUAGAGUUUGGAACUUAAGGAUAUGAUAUAGGAGAACAUUAAAUAAAUGGAAAAAUUUGAAUCUUCAGAUUCAGAGGACUCAGAGGAGAUUAAGGACGUAUUUGAUGAGAGGGGAGAUGUCUAUGAGAAAGUUUAGUUGCAGAUUGAGAAGCACUAUCAGCAAGAGGGCAAGGAAAUCUCCUUCGAUUAUGCAAAUAGCGACAGACGCAUCACUUCUAAAUCCAGAUUUUUUAUUAGUCAUCUAAAGGCAUCUGUAGUUCAAAAUGAAACUCCAAAAGAUCUCAAGGGAUAUCUCCAGAAAAAGAGUCCAAGUUUUUUUAGAGGAUGGCAGGACAGAUAUGUAACUCUGAAAGAUCACAAGAUGUGCUACUUCGAAAAGGAAGGAGAUGUAGAUCCAAAAGGAGUGAUUAACUUUGAUUUGGCCAAGGCAGAUGUCAAGUUCAUUGAUAAAAAGACCUUUUAGAUCAUAAUUGAAGGAAGUGAGAGGUCGUUUAUGUUUAGAUCACACGAGGAUGCUAUUACUGAGGACUGGGUUAAUGAAAUUAAAAGACACAUCUCAGUUGCAGGAAAGAGACCAUCCACUUGCAUAUUAAAUACCAAGAGCAUGUUUUGGAGAUUUGAUACAAUUUCUGAGCAACAAUUCAUCAAUCUUGCUGACACAGGUGAUAUCUUGCUAUUCAGGUGCAAAUAGCUUGGCAGCAAGAUAACUAGAACAUUCACUAAUUCCCACUUUGACCAUGUGGCAAUGGUAUUAAAGUUCGAAACUGACCCUGAUGAGGUGUACUUUGUUGAGUCUACUUCUAACAGGGGAGUUUCGAUAUCUCGCUGGACUAUGAUCAGAAAAUUUGUGGGUGAUUUUUAUGAGCAAGUUAUUCUAAGGCACUUGGAGGUAGAAAGAUCUGAUGCCCUGAUAGAUAAACUUGAAAUUUUCCUAAAAGAGGCAGUUGGAAAUAAAUAUGGUAUUUCUACUUCUAAGCUGCUGUUUUAAAGAAACACUGUUAAGCCUAAGAAAAAUAAAUAUAUAGAUGACGAUCGUACAUUCUUUUGCAGUGAACUAGUAGCCAAGGCUUAUAAAGUACUCGGCAUCAUGGAAGACGAUGGAAGGCCUUCAAAUUACUUUUACCCAGCUAGUUUUAGUAGUAAGAGCACGGCUUUAAACCUCACAGUGGGAGCACAUUUAGGCCAAGAAAUGAAUAUAGCCAUUGAUUCAGUGGUUACUUAAUAAGACGAGCUCAUGCUCUAAGGACCCAGAGGAGAUCAGCAUAGAUAAACCUUGUGA